GCUCCAACACAAACAAAUAACAAAAUCAAACACAAAAAACAGCUUCCAUUUCUUCCAUUUCUUCCAUUUCUCACAUCUCUCUCUUCCCCAUAUUAUUAAAGGGAGCUCGAGCAUUAAUUCUUUUGUCUCGUUCUCUCCUCUGCCCAAUCUCUACAUCUUCGAGACCUCACAACACACAAAAUAUUGAAAAAUGGGUUGCGGGGAAUCAAAGUUGGCGGUUGCCACCAGCAACACCAUCCUCCGCCGCAAGAAAUCGAGCGUUGUCGAACCUUCCAAGAAGAGCAAGGACAUAGAAACCGUCCUAGAAAACAAUGACAAUGCAGCGAACUCAACGGUGCAACAACAACAAGAAGAACAAGUCGAGGAGAACAAUGUGGUUGCCAAUAAUGUUGGUGGUGGUGAGGCGUCUGCGGUGGGUGAUGAUGUGAAUGUGAAAGACAUAGAAGUAACCAACAAGGACGGAGAAGAUGGUGGUAAGGAAGUAUUGGAAAAAGGUAAUAAAGAAGAGCAUGACGAGGCGGCGGAGAGAUUGAUUUCGCAUGGCUCUCCGAAUCGUUUCUUUUCGUCGAGGAAAUUGGAUGAGGAAGGAAUUGAUGGGAUUAUUUCUGAGGGACGAUCGGGGACAUCAGACUAUUACACUCCACGCCAUGGAAGUAAGGGAAGUUUUUUCAAGGUAGAUGAUGAUAUUGCAGAGGAUGAUAACGAAUUGGAUCUGCCUGCAGAUACAGAAGCUCUAGUAGCUGAGCCACAAAAAACGGGUACAGAAGAGCCCGUAAAGAAACCGGAGGAGAAUUUGGUGAAGAAAACAGAAGCAGUAGUUACAACCACUGUUGAAGCCAAAGUGGCUGAAGCCGCCGAACCUAAAGCUUCAAUCCCUGCUGAAGAAGCGAAGAAUUAA